UCUCUCUCUCUGUCUUCUCUCUCACACCCUGAAACAGAGGUUACAGAGGAAGUUAAAUGUGCAAUCACCUUCUCUGAAAAAAAAAAAAAAAAAAACCACCUUCUCUGAAAAUCUUUCUGUUUCUCUUUCUUUCUCUCUCUUUUUCUUUUCUUUCUUCUAGGCCCAGACUUGAUGUUUAGUGUCUCAACUUUCUCUGCUCAGAGACUCCCUCAGACCCAUUUGUUUUCUCUCAUUUUCCGUGAGUGUUUGUGUGCUUGGAACAGAGAACAACAACCCCGUUUUUGGAGUUUCUCGUAAUUCGUCUUCUCAGAUACGUUGUUUGCUCUUUUUCUCCUUUGUUCCAUUUCGGUGGUAGAGAUGAGUAAAGAAGAGAUUUUGAAGAUCCAGACUUGUGUUCUGAAAGUGAACAUACACUGUGAUGGGUGUAAACAGAAAGUCAAGAAAAUCUUGCAGAAGAUUGAUGGGGUUUACACAACCAAAAUUGAUUCAGAGCAAGGGAGGGUGACAAUCUCAGGGAAUGUAGACCCAUCUGUACUCAUUAAGAAGCUCUCAAAAUCAGGGAAGCACGCAGAGCUAUGGGGUGCUCAAAAGCCCAAUAACAACCAAAACAACCUCCCUAACCAGCUCAAGAACAUGCCAAUGGACAAUGGCCAAGGAGGUGGCAACAACAACAACAACAACAUAGGAUGUCAAAAGGGUGGAAAUAACAACAACCACCACCAGCAGCAGCUCAAAGGGGGCCAAUUGGUUGGGGGUCAAUUAACCCCUCAGCAGCUGCAGCAGCUACAACAGCUUCAACAAAUGAAAGGGUUCCCAGAUCUGAAGCUGCCACCAUUGAAGGACUUGCAGAAAUUGCCACCAAAUCAGAACAACAAUAACAACAACCAGAAGGCUGCGAAGUUCAACCUGCCCGAGGAAGAUGACUUGAAUGAUGAUGAUGACGACGAUGAUGACGAUUAUGAUGAUGACGAUUUUGAAGAUGAUGAGUUUGAUGAUGAAAUGGAUGAUCCUCGUCAUCCGAUACUGAACAAGGCACACCCCAUGAUGGGUAAAAACGGUCCUUUAGGUCCUAAUAUGAUGAUGAUGAUGAAUGGGAAUAAUCCCCAGCUCAUGAAGGCUGCUGCCGCUGCUGCAAAUGGUGGUGGUGCUGCCGUGCCUGUUCAUGUAAAUAUGGGUGGAAAUGAGGGCAAAAAUGGAAAUGGGAGUAAAAAAGCAGGCGAUGGAGGUGGAGGAAAUAACAAUAACCACCAAAAUCAAGGAGGCAAAAAUGGGAACAAUGGUGGUGGGGGUAAUAAUAACAAGAAUGGCAAUAACGGUGGUGGUGCUGCCAUCGCCGGGGGUAAAAAGGGAAAUGGAGGCGGCAGCGGCGGUAGUGGUGGAAUGAAUGAUGGGUUCCCUGCUAUGGGUGGGCAGAUGGGUAACAUGAAAAUGCCCAUGGGUCAAAUGGGUAACAUCCCAGCUGUUCAAGGACUGCCCAUGAACGGCGGUGGUGGUGGCGCUCCUGGUGGUUAUUUCCAAGGGGCCGGACCGGGUCUUAUGCCCGGCAACCCGUACCACCAGCAGCAGCAACAAGAGCAGCAAUAUAUGGCUAUGAUGAACCAACAACGGGCAAUGGGUAACGAGAGGUUCCAACCCAUGAUGUAUGCCAGACCCCCACCCGCUGUCAAUUACAUGCCACAACCACAACCAUAUCCGCCAUACACGUACCCAUACCCAUACCCAUACCCGCCCCCACAUUCAGACCCAUACAACUUCUUCAGUGAUGAAAAUCCAUCAAGCUGCAAUGUGAUGUGAAGAAUGUUUGAUACUAGGUUUGAGAUCUACGGUCUUGCAAAGAGCUUGGAGAAAGCCGUUGAUCAAGGCCAUCAAAUUAUCAAAAUACAUGGAAUUGGGUUUCAAUUUAGUUCAAGUGAAUUCGUAAACUGCACAUGCCUCACUUGAUACACAUUAUGUCCUAUGCGUACAACUAAUUAGCAGCUACGAUAAAUAGGAUAGUGGGAUAUCAACUGCUAUGAUUCCUAUCAUAACUGUUUAUAGAAUGUUAAAAGUUGUUUGUUGUUUGUUAAGUGCAGAGGAUGAUAGUUCAUGAAGAACAAGCUAGGGGUUGUAUUAUUCUUACAAUGUGUGGAGUACCAAUUAUGUAUUUUCUUCCGUUUCGAUGCGAGUAAAAUCAUGUACCCAUUAUGUAUUUUCCUUGUGGGAGGUAGGGCUCACACUAAUAUAAGCCAAAUCGCGGAGUC